AUGGAACUUAACACCAGUGCCACAUCCUUUCUGCUGACUGGCUCUCUGGGCCUGGAAAAGGAACACCACUGGAUCUCCAUCCCAUUAUCUGUAGUCUACAUCUCCAUACUUCUUAGCGAUGGCAUUCUCAUAUUUCUCAUCAGAGAUGACCAUAACCUCCAUGAGCCCAUGUACUAUUUCUUAGCCAUGCUGGCAAUCAAAGACCUUGGGAUGACCCUGAUUACAAUGCCUACAGUUCUGAGUAUGAUGUGGAUGAAUCAUAGGGAAAUCAGCCAUGAUGCCUGCUUUCUCCAAGUUUACUUCAUCCAUAGUCUCUCUAUCAUAGAGUCUGGAAUUUUGCUCACCAUGGCCUAUGAUCAGUUCGUUGCCAUUAGCAACCCACUGAGAUAUACUUCCUUUCUUACCAACAUCCAAGUCAUAAAGAUUGGAGUGGAAGUUUUUAUAAAAGGGUUUGUUCUCAUCUUGCCCCUGAUAUUGCCUCUCUAUUGGUUUUCCUGUUGCAGAUCCCAUGUCCUCUCUCAUCCAUUAUGCCUCCACCAGGAUGUUGUCAAACUAGCCUGUGCUGACAUCACCUUCAAUCAUCUGUAUCCUGUUGUGGUGAUAUUUCCUAUGGUCCUACUAGACUGCCUGACAAUCUUUUGCUCCCAAGUUUUGAUUUUCAAGACUCUCAUGAACAUUGCUUCUGGAGAGGAGAGGUCCAAGGCUCUCAACACUUGCAUCUCUCACAUCUGCUGCAUCUUGCUCUUCUACGUCACUGUAUUUGGUUUGACAUUCAUCUACCAAUUUCGAAAGAAUGUUCCUCAUCUGGUACACAUCACAAUGAGCUAA